AUGGCGGCCACGCUGAGCCGUGAGGGGGGCGCCACUUCCGGCUCGGAAACGGAAAUACGUCAUAAUAACAAGACGGAAACUUCCGGAGGGGCUGUGUGGGCUCGGGGGAGGUUGUGCAGAGGGGCUCGGGCUGUGCGGGCGGGGAGGCGGAGCGGGAAGGAGCUGCGGGAUCAUCCCGAGCUCCCUCCGGCCUGGCCUCGGACGCUCCCCGCUGUCCCCGCAGGCCAGGCCGCGGCUCUGGCCGUGGUGGCGGCGCUCUGGGGCGGCAGCGGCCCCUUCCUGAGGGCGGGAGCGGCGGGCAUGGAGCAGCUGCGGGGCCGCGGCCGCCUCGGGCAGCUCCUGGCCGAGCUGCGCUUCCUCAGCCUCAACCCCAAGUACCUGGUGCCUUUCCUGCUCAACCAGGCUGGAUCUCUCCUCUUCUACCUCACCUUGGCCUCCACAGACCUGUCCCUGGCAGUCCCACUCUGCAACUCCCUGGCUUUGGUUGUGACCUUGGUGACUGGGAAAAUCCUGGGAGAGGACAUUGGUGGGAAAAGAGCUGUGGCAGGAAUGCUGCUCACCGUGCUGGGAGUGUCCCUGUGCAUGGCUGGGGCCUGAAGGAGCAGCAGGACCCGGCCUGAGGCACCUCCCCUGGAGGCUGAGGGGGCUCCAGGAUGAGAUUUGGGAUGGCAGGAUCCAUGGAUUGCAUUGCCUGAGCUCCAGGAUGAGAUUUGGGAUUCCAGAAUCCAUGGAUUGCAUUCCCUGAGCUCCAGGUUCAGGUUUGGGAUUCCAGAAUCAAUGGAUUGCAUUCCCUGAGCUCCAGGGGAGCUCCAAGCUCAGGUUUGGGAUUCCAGAAUCCAUGGAUUGCAUUCCCUGAGCUCCAGGCUGAGUUUUAGGAUUCCAGAAUCCAUGGAUUGCAUUCCCUGAGCUCCAGGAUGAGAUUUGGGAUUCCAGAAUCCAUGGAUUGCAUUCCCUGAGCACCAGGGGUGCUCUGGGCCUGAAGGGAUUUUUGGGGCUGUUUCAGCACCACAAGGGUUAAAUUAUCUCAGUUCUGCAGGGAGAAGAAAUGGUUAAUAAAUUAUCCAGUGUGA